ACAGUGGUGUGAGCGCCCUGCCAGCAGCCCGCAGUCCCUGCCCGCCCCGUCUGGGACCGGGACCCGGGAUCGCUCUCUGAGCAACUUGGAACUCGAGAGUUCCAACAAGGACAACAAGGAGAGGGCGGCAGCCGCUCUGGCCAGUGCUGCCCCCGGGCUGCAGCCUGUGCGGAGCUACACAGACAGCCAGACCCAGGGCGGCCCCUCCUGGCUACCCUGCUCCUCCCGAAGGAUGCUUUGGGUGUGAGGCCACUCCUCACCCCUGCAGCCCCCAACUUCCUCCCUUCUGCUGAGGCUCCGGGAGCCUACGAGGGUCCUUUUCGCCCUCCUAUCCCGCGGCUGCCCCACUUCUGGCCAGCAAAGACUUUCUGAUAACGGGACAGGGCAGUGAGGAGGACUUCCUGGAGGGGGUGACAGCUCAGAGCCCAGGACCUUGCCCACAUUAGAAGGCAUCAGCAGUAAGGACACCAUGCUGCUUCUGAGUGCCAUGCCAGCGCCUGUCCUCAAAGGCCGGGUGCUGCUGCCGCCCCUGCUGCUGCUGCUGCCGCCGCUGCUGCUGGGACCACAGAUGACCCUAGGCCUGGUCAUCACACCUCCGGGGCCGGAGCUCGUCCUCAACGUCUCCAGCACCUUGGUUCUGACCUGCUCGGGUCCAGAUCCGGUGGUGUGGAAACGAAUGUCCAAGAGGCCCCCACAAGAGAUAGCCAUGACCCCGGAUGGCAAUUUCUCCAGCGUCCUGACGCUGACCAAUGUCACUGGGAUAGACACAGGGGAAUACCUGUGUGCCUAUAAUAACUCCCAUGAGCCGGAGGCCGAGGAGCAAAAACGGCUCUACAUCUUUGUGCCAGAUCCUACCGUGGGCUUCCUCCCAGUCCCUUCCGAGGAAUUAUUCAUCUUCCUCACGAAAGAAACUGAGAUCACCAUUCCGUGCCGAGUGACGGACCCGCAACUGGUGGUGACGCUGCAUGAGAAGAAGAUGGAUGACCCACUGCCUUUCCCCUACGACCACCAACACGGCUUCUCCGGGACCUUUGAGGACAAGACCUACGUCUGCAAAACCACCAUCGGGGACAGGGAGGUGGAUUCCGAGCCCUACUACGUCUACAGCCUCCAGGCCUCGUCCAUCAACGUCUCCAUGAGUGCAGUGCAGACGGUGGUUCGCCAGGGCGAGAACAUCACCAUCACGUGCGUGGUGACUGGGAACGAGGUGGUCAACUUCGAGUGGAUGUACCCCCGCGAGGAGAGCGGGCGGCGCGUGGAGCCCGUGACCGACUUUGACACUCCCUUCUACAUCCGCUCCACCCUGCACAUCCCCAGCGCUGAGCUGGGCGACUCGGGGACCUACAUCUGCAAUGUGUCAGAGAGUGUGUACGACCACCAGGACGAAAAAGCCAUCAAUGUCACCGUGGUCGAGAUUGGCUACGUGCAUUUGCUGAGGGAGCUGGACGCUGUACAGUCUGCGGAACUGCACCGGAGCCGGACACUGAAGGUGGCAUUCGAGGCCUACCCACCGCCCACUGUCAAGUGGUUCAAGGACAACCGCACUCUGGGCGACUCCAGUGCAGGCGAGAUUGUCCUGUCCACGCGCAAUGUGUCGGAGACUUGGUACGUGUCAGAACUCACACUGGUGCGGGUGAAGGUGGCUGAGGCCGGUUUCUACACCAUGCUGGCCUCCAACGAGGACGAUGAGCUCCAGGUCUCCUUCCAGCUGCAAAUCAACGUGCCUGCCCGUGUGCUGGAGCUGAGCGAGAGCCAUCCUGCUGAUGGAGAGCAGACAGUCCGCUGUCGCGGACGGGGCAUGCCUAAGCCGCACCUCACCUGGUCUACUUGCCGUGACCUCAAAAGAUGUCCGCGCGAGCUUCCUCCCACGCCGCUGGGGAACAGUUCCGAGGAGGAGAGCCAGCUGGAGACAAACGUGACGUACUGGGUGGAGGAGCAGGAGUUCGAGGUGGUGAGCACACUGCGCCUGCGCCGUGUGGAUCAGCCACUGUCGGUGCGCUGCACGCUGCGCAACCUGCUGAGCCUUGACGUGCAGGAGGUCAUCCUGGUGCCACAGUCCCUGCCCUUCAAGGUGGUGGUGAUCUCAGCCAUCCUGGCCUUGGUGGUCCUCACGAUCAUCUCCCUCAUCAUCCUCAUCAUGCUCUGGCAGAAGAAGCCCCGCUAUGAGAUCCGAUGGAAGGUGAUUGAGUCUGUGAGCUCCGACGGCCAUGAGUACAUCUACGUGGACCCCAUGCAGCUGCCCUACGACUCCACCUGGGAGCUGCCGCGGGACCAGCUCGUGCUCGGGCGCACCCUUGGCUCCGGGGCCUUUGGGCAGGUGGUGGAGGCCACGGCUCAUGGCCUGAGCCAUUCUCAGGCCACAAUGAAAGUGGCCGUCAAGAUGCUGAAAUCCACAGCCCGGAGCAGUGAGAAGCAAGCCCUCAUGUCAGAGCUGAAGAUCAUGAGUCACCUUGGGCCUCACCUGAACGUGGUCAAUCUGCUGGGAGCCUGCACCAAAGGAGGGCCCAUCUACAUCAUCACCGAGUACUGCCGCUACGGCGACCUGGUGGACUACCUGCACCGCAACAAGCACACCUUCCUGCAGCACUACUCCGACAAGCACCGCCGGCCCAGCGCCGAGCUCUACAGCAACGCCCUGCCCAUCGGGGUGCCCCUGCCCAGCCACAUGUCCCUGCCUGGAGACAGUGACGGGGGCUACAUGGACAUGAACAAGGACGAGUCGGUGGACUAUGUGCCCAUGCUGGACAUGAAAGGAGACAUCAAGUACGCAGACCUCGAGUCUUCCAACUACAUGGCUCCUUACGAUAACUACGUCCCCUCCGCUCCCGAAAGGACCUGUCGGGCGACUUUGAUCAACGAGUCCCCAGUGCUUAGCUACACGGACCUCGUGGGCUUCAGCUACCAGGUGGCCAAUGGCAUGGAGUUCCUGGCCUCCAAGAAUUGUGUGCACCGAGACCUGGCAGCCAGGAAUGUGCUUAUCUGUGAGGGCAAGCUGGUCAAGAUCUGUGACUUUGGCCUUGCUCGUGACAUCAUGCGGGACUCGAACUACAUCUCCAAAGGCAGCACCUUCCUGCCGCUGAAGUGGAUGGCCCCCGAGAGCAUCUUCAACAGCCUCUACACCACCCUGAGCGACGUGUGGUCCUUUGGGAUUCUCCUCUGGGAGAUCUUCACCCUGGGUGGGACCCCUUACCCGGAGCUGCCCAUGAAUGAGCAGUUUUACAAUGCCAUCAAGCGGGGUUACCGCAUGGCCCAGCCUGCCCACGCCUCCGACGAGAUCUACGAGAUCAUGCAGAAGUGCUGGGAAGAGAAGUUUGAGAUUCGCCCCCCCUUCUCCCAGCUGGUGCUGCUUCUCGAGAGGCUGCUGGGUGAGGGUUACAAAAAGAGGUACCAGCAGGUGGAUGAGGAGUUUCUGAGGAGCGACCACCCCGCGGUCCUUCGGUCCCAAGCCCGCCUGCCUGGCUUCCAUGGCCUCCGAUCCCCUCUGGACACCAGCUCAGUGCUCUACACUGCCGUGCAGCCCAACGAGUGCGACAACGACUACAUCAUCCCCCUGCCUGACCCCAAGCCUGAGGGCGCCGAUGAGGGCCCGCUGGAGGGUUCCCCCAGCCUGGCCAGCUCUACCCUGAAUGAGGUCAACACCUCCUCGACCAUCUCCUGUGACAGCCCCCUGGACCCCCAAGAGGAACCGGAGCCAGGGCCCCAGCCCGAGUCCCCGGUGGAGCCGGAGGCAGAGCCGGAGUGGCUGCCGGACCCAAGCGGCCCUGGGCCCCGGGCUGAGGCAGAAGACAGCUUUCUGUAGGGGGCUGGCCCCCACCCUGCCCUUCCCAAAGUGUCCCCUCUACCUCCCAGCACCCCGUGUCUCCCGGCCUGUCCUGCCCAGCCUCCUGUCAGCCGGGCUGUCCCCGUCGGCUAUCCCCUGUGGCAGGCUCCGGCCCCUGCCACGUCGCACCCCAACCUCUGGGGCUGGCUUAGGAGGCAAGAGGCCUGCAGGGGCCAUGACCAGCCUCUGCCUCUGGGGAGGCCAUGUGACUCGGAGCCAGGGUUCUCCCAAAGGACUCAGUUGCCCCAUCUGUAAGAUGGGAAAGUCGGGCUCGGUGGCCAACGGUUUGGGAUUCUCCCCACGGCUGAUGGGUGGGGAGCUUGGAAUCCCUGGGGAGAUUCUCUAGGUAGUUGAGGUAGUCAAUGAACUUUAUCCUGUUCAGCCGGCUGCCCCUCAGGGAGCUGCAGCUCUCUCCUUGUGCUUUCUCCGCCCGGAAGCUGGGAAGGGGCCCUGGCAUCCCUGGCUCCUGGCUGAGCUGGGGCCUGGCCUUGGGCAGUGCUGCCUCCUCCCCUCGAUGUCCGCCUUUGCUCUCCCAGGCCCGGGCUGGCCUGGGCCGUGUGUGCUCCACUGAUGCUCGGGGCGGAGCCCAGCCCAGGGCUCUCCCGCCUGCAGCCCCGCCCCAGGCAGGUGGGGCGCACCUCCCUGUAAACAGUGCCCGUGUCCGUGUCUCCCGGCUCCGUGAGCCCUGGGGUCUCUCCCCUCGUCACUGCCAGUCUUAUUCCACCCGAGAGUCUCCAGGGCCAGGGGCUGCACAUCUGUGGGGAGUGCGUGGAUGUGUGUGUGUGAAGUGCCCACACGUGUGGGCCCGUCUGUGGGCCAUGUGUGCAUUGGACCCACGGAAGCCUCACCCCCCAGGGGUGAGCGGGGUUGGGGAGAUUCCAGACCACAGGUCACACUCCGGGCAUUCGGGAACUGUGCUCCCUCCCCAGGCCCCCAGCCAGUCCCCACAGGCCAGCUGCCCAGGCCUUGACACAAAGUGACAGCCAGUGUCCUAGAAAGCCCCAAGCAGCUGCCUCAGGGACACAGGAAGACCACAGGAGCCCUUCUGGCACCCCCAAUGACCUCAGGGGUGGUCCUGGGCCGAGGGGCCACAUCAGACCACCUGGUGAGCCUCCCAUACCACCACCUGCCGUCCAGGUCUGUGCCAAAGACAGUGGACAAGUGAAGGCCCCUGUGGGGCCCUAGAAACAACAAGAAGCCUUGGAUGGGGACCCUGAGAAAGGGGUGCAAGAGGUGGGUACUCUGAGCGUUGCCUUCUCACCUGCCAGCCGCCCCAUGGGGUAUGGCUGUGUCUCUGCCCGGGGCCACUCAGCUCACUCUGCAGCAGCCCCCUAGCCAGGUGCACAGUGAGGUGCUGAGGGAGGGCUGUGACCCAGGCUGCUGGCAGGGCAGGGCUGGAAAGGGGGUGAGGGGAGGGUCGGCCCCUCUGGACACCCGCCCCUUUGCUGGGUGGCACCUCCCCGCCCCAGGACCCGCGAAGCCUGGUUGAGGAGGGGACUGGGUUCUCACUACGGUACCAAAGAUGUAAUCACCUAGGUUUACAAGUAUUUUUAGGACUCACAUUAACUCACAUUUAUACAACAGAAGUGCUAUUUUAUAUGCCAUCAAAAUUUCCUAUCUGUGUACCUUUUUUAAGGGGAAGAUUUUAAUAUUAAACCCGGUGCUUCUCACAGACUUUUGUGGUCUCUGGCAGGGUGGGGCCCCUGUGCCUGGCUGGCAGCAGGAGCGGAGCGGGGGGGCCGACAGGGCUCACCCCGGCCACAGGUCCCCCCCACGCAGGUCCCUUUAGCGCUGGGUCUGGUUUCCCUCUGUACAAGAGGGAUUUCUGCAGCCCGGAUGCUGGGCUUCGGUUUUCCAGGUUGGGGAAUGGGGAGGCUGCUCUGGCCCUGCAGGUGUCCGGCCCGGGGGUGGACAGGACUGUUCACAGGCUCAGGAGCCUGAGCCCCUCCUGCCGCCCUGCCCACCCUGUGCUUUGGUUUUGGCUGUUAAGCCGCCCCCCCCCCAACUCUGCCUGUGGGCCAGAUUGAGUCUGCUGUAGCUCACGAAGCACAUCCACUAAAGCCCAGAGUCAGGCCCCGGUGGGUAGCGGUUGGGUCCCAGUAGGAGGGCAGACACCACACCCAAGGGGCAGAGAACAGGAAGAAGUGAGGAGGGAGAGGAAGAGGAACGAAGAAGAUGCCGGAGGACAGUGCCCAGGGCGAGGCCGGGGAAGGAAAGGUUCUGGCUGUGGCUCAGAGGGCCGCCUUGCCAGGCAGGACAGAAGGCUGUAGACCUGGUAGCCCCCGCCCCUCGCAGCUGAAGGAGGUCGGCGGCGUGGGGCUGGCAUAAGUCAGGCAUCCCAGUGUGGGCUGGCCAGCCCAGACUGCCCUGCCCAGGCCUUCGAGACCCUGGCGGUAGCGUGAGGCCAGGGGCCAUAGAGCUACCAGGGGCAGCGGGCCAAGAGCAGGGUUCCUGGACCCAGACAGGAGCUUCCUGGCCCUCCCACCUGGGCCCUUUGGGAGAGGUCAUCUGAGGUGGAAUGAUGUUUGUCACAUUUCCCCGUGUGACCUUGGCCGUCCCUUGCUCUCUCUGAGCUGGGGAAGGGGCAUCUCAGUUUGUUUCUGGGGGAGGGGUGCCUCGGUUUGGAGCCACUGCCUGGACUGCCUCCAGGAGUCGGGGGCUGUGGCUGCCUCGGCGGAGCGGAACAGAGACGUGGGGUGGCUCUGACUCAGAGGCCCUGCGGCCAACUCAGGAGCAGCUGAGCCACACCAGGGAAACCCCCCCAGAGGCAGGGCCAGGCCAGGCCAAGUCCACCCUCCUGGGGGUCUGGCUUCAGAGGACAUUCAGAGCCUAAGCCCCCCUUACCCUGGCUGUGGGAAAAGAUGAGCAAGCCAGUAAGCCAGGGUCUGCCCUGUGAAGAGGACAAACAACCGCAUUCCAGAGGGGGAUUAUCCGCGCCCACGGGAAAAGCCACCAUCCAGAGGUCGGGAGAAUGUGGCCGCCUCCUCCUCAGGCCUGCUCCACACUGGGCCCGGCAUGGACCACACCACAGCAGGCCUCAGUUUCUCCAGCGGUGAAGGCAGCUCACGAUGCUAUAAAGAGCCGAAGGAUGGUAAAGCUCAGUGACCACUUACUGAGCCGGUGCUCUGUGCCAGGGCUGUGCUGUUGCUUCCCACAGUGUCUCACUUGACCUUCACAUCAACCCUUGAGCCGAGCACCACUGUUGUUCUUAUGUUACAACAGAGAAACCAGUUUAGGGAGGUUGCAAAGUGACUUCCCAUGGUCCCCUGGUUGGUAUGACGGGGAUGGGAUAGGGAUCCAGGCCUGGCCAACUCCCACGUCAUUGUCCAGGGAGGUAAAGCACCCAGCCAAGGAUAUAGGCCGAGGCAUAGGGAAGCCUGGGUCCUCAUCCCUGUCCCCUGACUCCAGACCCCUCUGGUGCUGUGUCCCAAGAGACAGAGAAGGAAAGUGCAGAUAGUAGGAAGGAGCUAAGUGCGUCUGGUGGACGGCUUGGGCCUCACAGCGCCCUGGGCAGGGGGGUGAGGGGUCAGGGACACAGGGACCCCAGGUUGCCCUCCGCCGGCUCUGCCUCUCAACCUCAGGCAGGCCCAAGGGAACGGGUGAGCUGGCAUUUUCCUCCCAGACAGAUGAGCCACGGGGACGGCACUGUUCUUCCGCCACCCUGCUCCCUGCAGGGCCCUUGUUCCUGGAAAAAGAGGGCGACCCAAAGAAACUGCUGCUCCUGGGGCCCUGAGCCCCGGCCGCUAGGGCGCCUUGCCACGUCCAGGUCGCGUCCCCUUUGUGAAACAGGGCUCUGUCUCUGAAAGUCCUCUUUCCUUUCAGCUUCUUACUCGCCAUCAUUAUAAUUAAAAAUUACUUUUAUAAAACAUGUAUGUAACAUUUGCCUGCAUUAAAAAUAU